AUGAUGCAGCAAUUAUUUAACAAUGUGACAAAAUAGAAACACUAGAAUUAAUAAAGUAAAUCAAAAUAUUGUUGUAAAUAAAAAUGUCUACAUAUCAAAAAGUUUUUCUUUCAUUCAUAUUAAAAUGAUUGUAUAUGACAAAUAUGUGUGCCCUCUAGGGAUUAAAUGCCGAAUCUAAAGCAAUCGCUCACACAACUUAUUAAGCGAGGAUUUUAUAACACCGCAUACGCCAUUUUGAAAACUGAGUUGCACAGAAAACGUUGUAUAUGUUGUGGAAAAGCGGCCCUUUGCACACUUUAAAAAAUACAACAUUCUAAUUUCAAGAUAUAAAGAAAUCACCAAUAAUGGCAGAAUACUUGGCAUCAAUUUUUGGUACAGAAAAAGAUAAAGUAAACUGUUCAUUUUAUUUCAAAAUUGGUGCCUGUCGACAUGGUGAUAGAUGCUCACGAAUUCAUAACAAGCCAACUUUCAGUCAGACAUGUUUAUUACAGAAUCUUUAUGUAAAUCCUCAAAAUUCAGCAAAAAGUGCAGAUGGGUCACAUUGUGAGUAUAUUAUAAAUAUUUUAAUUAAUUUAUCAAGUAUUAAUGUUAAAUAUAUCAUAUUUAUAUUUAUAAAUUAA